AUCCGCAAGGUGAUUCAAUUCCAAGAAAAUCUGAAGGUUCCUUUGAUUUCCAAAUUGCAAUGCUGCUGCGUGCCUGUAGCUAGGGAGGCGCUCUCAUCCUAUUUAGGUUGUGUGAAGGGGACCUCGCUUCAGAGCAAAAGAGUUUGUUUCAUGAGUGCAGAGUAUUGUUGCGCAUGAAUCAAGCUCGUUGAAGUUUAGAAGAAAUCUAGAAGGUGGUCGUGCGGAUGAAUGUUUGUUAAAAGCUCAGAAGUUUUAAGCUCAGGACACGCAACCUGCAACUGAAACAACUGGUCUUCGACAAGCUCAAAGGAAACCCAAAGUCUCUUGAAAGUUGGCCAUUGUGUACCGCAGUGGUGCAUGCAGCAGCAAUCAUGACAGGGUCUGGAGACAACGAGCUGCCCUCAGUGAAGACUUCCGACCUCUUUGCCCGUGCUUUGGAAAAUGAAGGAAUCAAGUAUAUCUUUGGCAUCCCUGGGGAGGAGAAUCUGGACUUCCUCAACUCUCUCAAGGAUUCCAAAAUCCAACUUGUCCUGACACGCCAUGAACAGGCCGCGGGCUUCAUGGCUGCCACAGUUGGCCGCAUCACUGGCAAGUGCGGAGUGGCGCUUUCCACCCUAGGGCCCGGUGCUACCAACUUUGCGACGGCGGCGGCAUAUGCUCAACUAGCGGGGUUUCCCAUGCUGAUGAUCACAGGGCAGAAACCGAUUAGGCAGAGCAAGCAGGGCUCGUUCCAAAUUGUGGAGAUUGUGGAUCUGAUGAAGCAGGUGACGAAGUUCACAAAGCAAAUCGCAGACGGCGACCUCGUCCCGUCGCUCGUGCGCGAGUCCAUCCGCGUCGCUGAAGAAGAGCGCCCUGGAGCAGUCCACCUAGAGCUUCCCGAGGACAUCGCAAAAACAAUGAGCCACGCCCACAUCUUCCCGGUUUACCAAGUCCGGCGCCCGGUUGCCGAAGAGAAGUCGAUCGCGAAAGCGGUGGCGAUGAUCCAGGCGGCUCGGCACCCGCUGCUGCUGAUCGGGGCGGGGGCGAACAGGAAGCGCACGCAAAACAUGUUGAGGCAGUUUGUGGAUGAUAUUGGCAUCCCGUUCGUGACGACGCAAAUGGGCAAGGGUGUCGUCACAGAGCGCAGCCCCCUGUACUGCGGUUGCGCGGCGCUCUCCGUAUCGGACUUCGCGAACGUGUGCCUCGAGAAGUCGGACCUGGUCAUCGUGGUGGGCCAUGACGUCGUGGAGAAGCCGCCCUUCUUCAUGAAGUACCAACAGGCGCCGUACGUCAUCCACGUCAAUUUCUACAGCGCAAAGGUGGACAAUGUCUACUUCCCGCAGCACGAGGUGGUGGGCGAUAUCGCGAACGCCAUCUGGCAGAUCAAGGAGCGCGUGGUGAAGCAAGACCACUGGGACUUCCACUACUACCUCGAGACCCGCACCAAGAUGCUGGACCAUUUCAAGAUUGGCCAGGACGACGACCGCUUCCCGCUCGUGCCCCAGCGCAUUGUGCAUGACGUCAGGCAGGUCAUGCCCGACGAUGGAGUAGUAGCGCUCGACAACGGCAUGUACAAAAUCUGGUUCGCACGCUUGUAUGCGGCGGUGGAGCCCAACACGCUGUUGCUGGACAACGCUCUGGCCACCAUGGGCGCCGGGCUCCCUUCCGCGAUGGCGGUUGCGCUGCUCAACCCUGAGAAAAAGGUGCUGGCCGUGGCGGGAGACGGCGGGUUCAUGAUGAACUCGCAGGAGCUGGAGACGUGCGUCCGGCUGAAUCUGAACAUUACGGUCGCCGUGUUGAACGACAGCGGGUUCGGGAUGAUCAAGUGGAAGCAGAAGGCCGAGGGCCUGCCUAAGUUUGGCCUAGAGUACGGGAACCCAGACUUCGUCGCUUAUGCAGAGGCGUACGGGAUGAAGGGGUACCGCGUCAACUCCGCCGACGAGCUGCUUCCGCUCCUCAAGAAAACGUUCGACGAGCCCGGCCCCAAGCUUAUCGAGAUUCCUAUCGCUUACGAUUGGGCCAACGAGCUGCUAGACAAGGAGCUGCCCGGCAAGUUGCAAGAGCAAGCAUCCGUGCCUAAGACGCCCAUACCGGAGGAACUGAGAGCUAUCGUGGAAGGAAGCAAGCCCGUUCCAUUGUCGCUGCCUCAAACCGCGCAGACUCCCGGUGAACCCAAGAUCACGCAAGACACGGCUCGUGAGGAUGCUUUCUUGAAAGCGCGAGAGGAGGAGAAUCCGCUGCCGUCAUCAGAUGCGGAGACACCAAAGACUGUGCCGAAGUCGACUUCGCAGAUCUAGCGACCUCUAGGGUGUACUAUAGUCCUCUGAGUGUAGUUAUUGCGAGUGCUUGAUUGUAAGUGUCCUCCCAUUGUGCUUUUCAUUCUGGUUCUUGUCUGUGUAAUCAGCACCGAACCAUAACAUUGCGCACCACAAGACAACACUGUUGAGAUCUGGUCAAUAAGCGCGUGAGAAACUGAUAUAAAACAGUCGGAUUGGCCUACAAGCCCAGGCCCGAGAAGAUGACGUGUUGGUUGAGUUAGCGAUGAACAUCCAACGAAACUUGUUUCUCUAGGUUCAUCGUGAGAAGGCUUCAAUCGCCCGAGCAAUUGCCUUCCAAUAUUGUCAAGCAAUUUG